AGGGAUUAUGAUCAUUUGAAAAACCUGACCAGCCUCGCUAUUAUAUGUAUUAUACAGAGACGAUACGUGGUUCACACAUGCUGCCUUAAGACGGUAUCUUUGUGCUACGCUGCUUUGUUUGUGUUUCGCUGCAGAGUGGAACUCGCGAAAAUGAUGAAGAGGAAAAGCAAAACUCCCACCGGAGUUAAAGCGAGCAAAAUCAUUAGAACCGAGGAAAGCAGAGGAAGUCUGGAGGAGGAUGAAGAGGAAGACUUUGGGCAGUCUUCCCGGGACAGUCAUGUGCAAACCACGUCGAGUGCGGGAGAUAUUGGUGUCAUCGAAAGCAUUUCCUUGAAAAAUUUUAUGUGUCACCAUUUGUUGGGGCCUUUCCAGUUUGGACCUAAUGUGAAUUUCAUUGUUGGCAACAAUGGAAGUGGGAAGAGCGCCAUCCUGACCGCGCUGAUCGUGGGCCUCGGAGGAAAGGCGACGGUGACGAACAGAGGGGCGUCGCUGAAGGGUUUCGUGAGGAACGGGGAGAGCUCUGCGGAUGUUAUUAUUAGACUGCGCAACAGAGGCUCAGACGCAUAUAAAGGAGAAAUCUAUGGGGACUGCAUCUCCAUAGAGCAGCACAUUACCAGCGACGGCAGUCGAACAUGCAAGUUAAAGAGUAAAACGGGACAUUUGGUUUCCAACAAAAGGGAGGAACUAACAUCAAUUUUGGACCAUUUCAACAUCCAGGUGGAUAACCCAGUUUCAAUACUAAACCAAGAAAUGAGCAAACAGUUUCUGCAAUCGAAAAAUGAAGCCGAUAAAUAUAAGUUCUUCAUGAAGGCAACACUGCUGGAGCAGAUGAAGAGGGAUUACAUACACAUCAAGCAGACCAAAGCGGGCACCACGGAAAAAGUGGAAAAACAAGAGGAGGUCCUUAAAAGUCUCAGACAAGAGUAUCUCCAAAAAAAGGAAAAGUAUGAAAAUUUGUCUUCACUGGAAGAGAUGAAGAAGACUUUGGAGGAUCUUCAGCACAAGAUGGCCUGGUGCCUAGUGAGUGAGAAGGAGCACCAGGUGCAGCAGCUCAACGAACAGAUCGAACAAGAGGAGAGCAAAGACAAUUAUGAGGAGAAACUUAGCCGGUGUCAGGUUAAGAAGGACCAGGAGGUGGCUGUCUGCUGUGCUGAAAACAACUUGAAACAAUUAGAAGAGGAUCGAUCCCGUCUCCAGGAAAGAAUUCAGAACUUACGUAACAGUGGGCUUAAAAAUUACGAGUCUGAGCUCCUUAAGCGGCAAAGGGAAAUCUCUGCCAUGAAGAAAGAGGUGGAGAAGCGCGAGGCCGAGGGCAGUGCCCUGAACCAGCAGAUCCAGGAUCAGCAGAAAGCCCUCUUCAGCGUGAGGGAGGAGUCUGACAAACUGCGACUGGAAGAGAAGAACAUCCAGGUGGUUAUCGAAGCCAAGCAGAAGCGGAGGAACCAGCUGAUGGCCAGCAGGUCCAACCGGAUCAAGCGAUUCGGGGAUCGGAUGCCAGAUUUGCUGGAGAGCAUCGACAAAGCCCACAGCCAAGGCCGUUUUCUGAAGAAACCCAUCGGCCCUAUAGGUGCGUGCGUCACGCUGAAGGACCCCGGCCUGGCGGUGGCUGUGGAGAGCUGUCUGCGCAGCUUCAUGAAGACCUUCUGCUGCGACAACUACAGGGACGAGAAGGUCCUGCAGGGCCUGAUGUCCCAGUACUUCCCCGCUGGCGGGCGACCGCAGAUCAUCGUCUGCCCUUUCUCCGACCGCGUGUACGACGUGCGAGGCCGUGGAGUUUAUCACCCAGAAUUCCCCUCUGUGCUGGACUGUCUGGCCAUUCCCAGCCCCGUCGUUGCCAACUGUCUGAUCGACAUGAGGGGCAUAGAGACUGUGCUGGUUAUCAAGGACAACAAAACAGCACGGCGUGUCAUGCAGAGAGACAGACCUCCCAAAAACUGCAGGGAAGCCUUCACAGCGGACGGGGACCAGGUCUACACCAACCGCUACUACUCCGCCGAGUCCAGCCGCUCCCUGUACCUGGGGGGAGACCUGGAGGCUGACAUCCGCAUGGUGGAGUCAGAGCUGGAGAACGCUAGAGCCCAGCUGGCCAGGUUCCAGCUACACUCCAGCUCUGUGAUGCGAGACAUUCAACAGAAGGAGAACGACCUGCAGGGCCUCGUCCUCAGGCUGAAAAAGAAUCAGGCAGCAGUGAACCAGCUCAAGGUGCAGAUUGUGGACCUGGAAAACACAGAGGACACUCGGAAGGAUGACAUCAGCACCUUGGAGGAGGAGGCCAGGGAGGUGGAGGAGAAGAUGGAGAGUGAGGAGAGGAGCGUGAGGGAGGCCAGGGCGGAGCUGGAUGAGACUGCCAGGCAGGCGGAGGACCUCGAACGGAGGUACCGGGACGUGCAGAAGCAGCUGAAAGGGGAGGAGGGGACAGUGAAGAAAGAGCUUGACGAAGCAGAGACAGAGUCCAACAGGCUCACCGUCGACCUGAAGCAUCUGGAGAGGUUGCAGCAGGAGCAUCAAGAGAACAUCCAGGCAAUGAGGAACGAGCUGGCUUUCAAAGAAGCCGAGGCACAGGAGUACGCGGCGAAGGCCCAGCGGAUCUGUCCCGAGCGGCAGCAGGUGAACAGGAGCGGCAAGAGCAUCGACACGGAGAUAACGCGGCUGCGUCACAGAAUCAGCGCCCAGGAGAGCAGCCAGGGGACGCAGGAGCAGAUCACCAGAGAGUAUAAGGAAGCUGUGGAGAACUACAGAAGCAAGACCAGCCAAGUGCGGGACCUGAGGAAAUUUGUCAGCCGCCUCGAUUACAUCAUCAAUGACAGGCAGGCGCGAUACAAGAUCUUGCGACGGUCCCUCUCUGUCAGAUGCAAAUUGUACUUCAAUUAUUUCUUGACAGAGCUGAACUGUUGUGGAUCAAUGAUGUUUGAUCACAAUAACGAAACCCUCUCAAUCUCGGUGAAGCCGCCGGGCAGCGAGGACGCCGAUGUGAGCGACGUGCGCUCUCUCUCGGGAGGGGAGCGCUCCUUCUCCACCGUCUGCUUCAUCCUGUCGCUGUGGGAGAUCACCGAGUCACCUUUCCGCUGCCUGGACGAGUUCGACGUCUACAUGGAUAUGCACAACCGGCGUGUCUCCAUGGACCUCCUGCUGAGCCUCUCAGAGCGACAGCAACAACGCCAGUUCCUCUUCAUCACUCCCCAAUCGACGAGCACUCUGCCAAAAAGCAACCGAGUCAGGAUCCUCACGCUUGCAGACCCAGAGAGAGGGCCAAGCCAGGACCAAGACAGCGAAGAGGAGGAAUAGCACCACCUGCUGGUCAG